CCUACCGUUUCUCCGUCCGGCGGCGGUGCGUAAAAGCCAAACCGGACCCUUCCCUUAUCAUCUCCAAAACUGACAGCUCCCCAACCCCGGCUGAAACAGGGACCACCGGGCUCAAACACUACUUUCUCUCCUGUAUGACAGUUUUUAAAGCGAGCAGCAGCAAAGCAUCAUGGAUGUGUUUAAGAGCCGUUUUUUGGGGAUCGCCGUGGCCGUUGCGCACGGCUUUUUCUCCGGCUCCCUGAAUAUUUUGCUCAAGUUUCUCAUCAGUAAUUAUAACUUCAACUUCCUGACGCUCAUCCAGCUGCUGACCAGCAGCACGGCGGCGUUCACCCUGGAGGUGCUGAGGCGGCUGGGGUGGGUCAAAGUCCCGCCGUUCAGCGUGCAGCUAUCCAAGGAGUUCGGCCCAGUUUGUAUCCUCUCCACGCUACAAUCCACUCUCACUCUGUGGUCUCUGCGCGGCCUCAGCUUGCCCAUGUACGUCGUGUUCAAGCGCUGCCUGCCGCUCUUCACCCUCAGCAUCGGCAUGUGCGUGCUGAGGAACGGCGUGCCGUCCCCCGGCGUGGUGACCGCUGUUGUCAUCACCACCGGUGGAGCUGCACUGGCCGGCGCUGGUGAUCUGACCGGCGACCCCUUCGGUUACGUCACCGGCGUGUUGGCGGUCAUCAUCCACGCAUCCUACCUGGUUGUGAUCCAGAAAACCUGUCAUGACAGCGAGUACGGGGCGCUCACGGCACAGUACGCCAUCGCCGUCAUGGCAACGCCGGUGCUCCUGGUGUGCUCCGUCAUCUCCCUGGACGCCGUCAACAUGUGGACGUACGAGGGCUGGCAGAACCCGUACAUCACGGUCGUCUUCGUCAUCUGCGUCUUCAUCGGCUGCGCCAUGAACUUCACCACGCUGCACUGCACCUACAUCAACUCGGCCGUCACCACCAGCUUCGUCGGCGUCGUCAAGAGCAUCGCCACCAUCACGGUUGGCAUGCUGGCGUUCAGCGACGUUGCGCCCACGCACCUCUUCAUCGGCGGCGUCGUGGUCAACACCAUCGGCUCCAUCACCUACUGCAUUGUCAAAUACUUUGAGACGAAGAAGAAGAGCCUGUACGAGGACUUGGAGGAGGCCGCCAAGGACGGAGCGCCGCCGGGCGAGCCGCACACGGAGAAACCACCUCUGGACGGCGACGGGCCAGCCGCGGGGAUCGGAUCCGACCCCGAACGCCCAGAGAUAGAGGGAGGGUUGAUCAGCGACAGGAAGGAGGACGUUGCUAACGGAGACGUGCCGACAGGAGACGUUGCACAACGAGACGGAGAGGCGGGCGUAAAUUCCCGCGUCAUGACGGAAGACGAGGUGCUGGCGAUGCAGAGGGAGCAUCUCAACAAGGAGAACGCCGCCAAUGCUACGUCGGUUAGCGACAGCUACGUCGGGGUGUGGCGGUCCAUCAGACAUCUGCAGUUUAUGAAGAAAGACCCGUUGAUUGAGAACAUGGAGCAGCAGAGUCCGUAACGGCAACGCAGAGACCUGGACAGACUCGAGGGGAAAGAAAAUUUGGAAUGAAAUGAGAGGAUGAAAAAAGUCGUGAGGAAGAAAAUAAAUGCAACACAUGUAUGCAGAAACCAGAAGAAUAAAAAAAAAAAAGGGAGAGUAAGGCUCUGUGUCCACCAGGAACUUCUUUUACUCACAGUGCUGAACAAAUGCUUGUUGGAAACAUGUUUCCUGCUGUGAUAUCUCAAUGAAGCACUCGCUUUAAGUGCUGCAAAAGUUCAGUUUCAUCACACAAAGAACAGGCUUUUGGUUUUUGUUAAAAGCAGGAAACAGAACAUCAUUUUCUACGUUUACGACGAGAAUUAAAAAGACGUUCCUGGUGGAGAAAAGCGGAUGAAGAAGCUGCCCAUCAGAGAUAAACUCUCUGCGGCGUCCGGCAGGGGCCAGGCUGGCCACGGUGUAGCAUGAUUUUGGUUUUGCGUCCCCCACGGAUUAGCCAGCUUUCCACACAAAAGAGGGUCUUGUUGAAAAAGAGAGAGUGCAUCUUGUGCAGAACGUCCAAUCAGUGAACAGCAAACAAACAGCAGCAGACGCCUGAAAGUUUCAGUUUUGUUAUGUGCAGACCUGGGUGAAUUCUUGUUUCUGAUUGCGGGCGUGAAUUAAACCCUUUAAUGCACAUGUAAAGGCAUGCUUACUGCUAUGUUCGAAAACAGACUUUGAUUGUUUGUCCACUGUCACAACCUGUCCACUGUUGAUUUUGCAUUCAUGUGUCUGCUCACCAUCAUGAACACAAAAAUCUGGCUACAUCUAUACUUCUACGUUUUAGUUUAAAAAUGAAUUUCUUUUGCUAUGUUUACGCCUGCGUCCACACUAAUCUGCCCUUAAAACGGAGACUUUUGGAGACACUGCUGCCCCCGUUCUGGUUU